AUGGGGGAGAACUGCACCCAAGUCACCCAGUUCCUCCUGCUGGGGCUUACAGAGUUGGAAGAGCUCAAGGGCAUCCUCUUUGCAUUUUUCCUGCUCAUCUAUUCAGUCACCCUCUUGGGCAAUGUGGGCAUGAUCACUCUGAUCCACAUAGACCCACAACUCCACACACCCAUGUACUUCUUCCUGAGUGUCCUCUCCUUCGUAGACUCCUCCCUCUCCACAGUGGACACCCCCAGGCUGCUGGAGAGCUUCCUUGUCUCAGGCCAGUACAUCCCCUUUGCAGAAUGUGUGGUCCAGUUGGCCCUCAUGAGUCUCCAUGGCACUGCUGAGUGUCUGCUGCUGGCCAUCAUGGCCUAUGACCGAUUCACCGCCAUCUGCCACCCUCUCAUCUACCAUGCCAUCAUGUCCCAGCAUCUUUGUGUUCAACUGGUGGCAGCCACCUAUGCUGCUUCAGUUGCCAAUUCAGCUUUCUUGACUGGGAGCAUCUUCAGGCUUCCCUACUGUGGCCCCAACGUCAUCAACCACUAUUUCUGUGACAUAUCCCCAUUGCUCCAACUUGCGGUCUCCUAUGCCUACAUCCUGGUGACCAUCUGCAGGAUGCAUUCACUGGAGGCCCAGAGCAAAGCACUCUCCACCUGCGCCUCCCACCUCACCCAGAUCUCCAUCUACUAUGGCACCAUCAUCUUCAUGUAUGCUCAGCCAAGCUCUUACAGUUCCACUGAGCAGAGCAAGGCAGUGUCUGUUUUCUACACUGUAGUCAUCCCCAUGCUGAACCCUCUGAUCUACAGCCUCAGGAAUAAAGAUGUGAAGGCUGCUUUGAAGAGGAGAUGCCUUGGCAAGCCUGUCUUCCUAACCCAGCAUGGAGCAUUCUACCCCAAGCCAUAA